GGAGCGGGAGGAGAGAGGAGGUGGAGGAGAUGGCGUCUCAGCCGCCACCUCCCCCGAAACCCUGGGAGACCCGCCGAAUUCCAGGAGCUGGGCCGGGGCCAGGACCCGGCCCUACUUUCCAAUCUGCUGAUUUGGGUCCUACUUUAGUGACAAGACCUGGACAACCAACACUUACCAGAGUGCCCCCACCUAUCCUUCCAAGGCCAUCGCAGCAGACAGGAAGCAACAUCAACUGGGCAAGUGGUGAGGAUGACCAUGUCGUUGCUAGAGCAGAAUAUGAUUUUGCUGCUGUAUCUGAAGAAGAAAUUUCUUUCCGAGCUGGUGAUAUGCUCAACUUAGCUCUCAAAGAACAACAACCCAGAGUGCGUGGCUGGCUUCUGGCUAGUCUUGAUGGUCAAACAACAGGACUCAUACCUGCAAAUUAUGUUAAAAUUCUUGGUAAAAGAAGAGGUAGGAAAACGAUGGAAUCCAGUAAAAUUUCCAAGCAACAACAGUCUUUUAUCAACCCAGCGCUGAUGAAAGGAGCCACAACUGCUGAUUCUUUGGAAGAACAGGAAGCUGCCUUUGAAUCUGUUUUUGUUGAAACUAGUAAGGUUCCAGUUGCACCUGAUUCCACUGGGAAAGGUGGCGAUAAACAAGAUCUUUGAUAAUCUUUCAUGUUUGCCUGCAGUUGAACAAUAUUUUAGAAUUAUUUUAAAAUUAUUUCUCUCAAAGAAGUUAAUAUACAAUCCAAUGAAAACUUUGUUAUUGGCUAUUCCAGGUGUUCUGCUGCUAGAAAUUAUUAAAGUUAAACACUAGGAUGUUGGUCUGGUGACCUGGUCACAUUUUACAAGUUAUUAGACCAUGAGGACAUUUCAUCUAGAUAUUAAGAUUACUAAAACUGCCUUCAUUUUCAACUUAUUUAAAUCCCUAGCUUUAUUGGAAGAGUUAAGAUUGAUGAACUAUAAAAUGCAUAGUUUGCUACAGUAGGGAUCACUAAUCCUUUUUAAACUUCUAAAUUAAUUGACUUGGAAUCCUCAGAAAUUGAGUGAUAACAUAAAUAUGAAAACAGGCAAAAUGUCUGAUUUUUUUUACAUCCUUAAGUAAAUUGAAUAAUAAAAUUUUCUGAUCUCUGUUAUA